AUGGAAAGAGUCAACUAUACAGUCUUGACUGAGUUCAUCCUCACAGGGGUCCCCCACCCUCCCGGGCUGAGGACAUUCCUGUUUGUGUUCUUUUUGCUGAUCUACAUCCUGACUCAGCUGGGGAACAUGAUCAUCCUGAUCACCGUCUGCACCGACACGCAGCUCCAUGCUCGCCCCAUGUACAUCUUCCUUGGUGCUCUUUCCGUCAUCGACAUGGGCAUCUCUACCAUCAUCGUCCCCCGCCUCAUGAUGAACUUCACUCCAGGCAUUAAGCCCAUCCCAUUUGGGGGAUGCGUGGCUCAGCUUUAUUUCUACCACUUUCUGGGCAGUACUGUAUGUUAUCUCUACACCACUAUGGCCUAUGACAGGUACCUGGCCAUAUGCCAACCCCUGCGUUACCCAGUCCUCAUGUCUGCUAAGUUGAGUACCUUGCUCGUGGCUGGAGCUUGGGUGGCUGGCUUAAUCCACGGAGCAAUCCAAGCCAUCCUAACCUUCCGCUUGCCCUACUGUGGUCCCAAUCAGGUAGAUUACUUCUUCUGUGACAUUCCUGCAGUGCUGAAGCUAGCCUGUGCAGAUACCACAGUCAAUGAGUUGUUCACCUUUGUGGACAUUGGAGUGGUGGUUGCCAGUUGCUUCUCUCUGAUCCUUCUUUCCUACAUCUAUAUCAUUCGGGCCAUCCUGAGAAUCCGCACAGCUGAUGGGAGGCGAAGGGCCUUUUCAACAUGUGGGGCCCAUGUAACCAUGGUUACUGUGUACUAUGUGCCCUGUGCCUUCACCUACCUGCGACCUGACAGCCAUGGCAUCCUGGAUGGGGCGGCUGCUCUCUUCCCCACAGCCAUCACACCUUUCCUCAAUCCCCUCAUCUAUACCCUGAGGAACCAGGAGGUGAAGAUGGCCUUGAGGAGAAUGGUAGGAAGCCAAAGCACUAAGAGUGAGGUCUGA